AUGGUCCGUUGCUUGUUGGCAGACAAGAAGAUGCCUAAGAGUUUUUGGCCUGAAGCUGUAAUGUGGAGCUGCUAUGUGUUGAACCGAUGUCCAUCUGCAGCAGUGAAAGAGGUGACACCUCAGGAGGCAUGGACUGGGUUGAAACCUACUGUGGAACAUUUUCGUGUGUUUGGAUGUGUUGCACAUGUCCACAUUCCACACGAAAAGAGGGGCAAACUGGACAACCGAAGCUUCAUUUGUAUUCUGCUUGGAUACAGUGAAGAGACCAAGGGUUAUAGGUUGUAUGAUCCUAUAGAAAAGAGGGUGGUAGUGAGCAGGGAUGGUGAGCAUCAAGAAGGAGAAAAUGAAGGGGCUGUUGAAACUGACAGUGGGGAAGAAAGUGAAGAAGUCAACAGCAGUGAAGGCCAACAAAGUGUGAGGGAAAAUGAAGUUACAGCUGAAGUUGCAGCUGAAGUUGAGGUAGAAGGAAAUGAAGAUGUUACUGCUGUGAUAGAAAGGGGUAAUGAUGAGACUGAAGGGAGAACAUGUCAUGCCCCAGCAUGGAUGACAGAUUAUGUGGAUGGAGAAGGUUUGAGUGAAGAUGAGGUGUAUGUCAUGCAGAUGGCAGCAGAGGAUCCAGUUUACUAUGAAGAAGCUGUGAAAGAAGAGAAGUGGGUACGGGCAAUGGACAAUGAGAUUCAGUCCAUUGAGAAAAAUAACACUUGGUCACUAGUAGACUUACCAGCUGAUGUCAAAAAGAUUAGGGUAAAAUGGGUUUAUAAAACCAAGUACAAUGAAGAUGGGGAAAUUGCAAAACACAAGGCGCGCCUGGUGGCAAAAGGGUACUCGCAAAAGGCUGGUAUAGACUAUACUGAAGUAUUCGCACCAGUAGCUAGAAUGGAUACAGUGAGGAUGAUUAUAUCCAUGGCUGCGCAGAAGGGAUGGAAAAUAGGCCAAUUUGAUGUGAAGUCUGCUUUUCUUCAUGGGGAGUUAUGCGAAAAUGUUUACGUUGAACAACCAAAGGGAUACAUAAAGAGAGGAAAGGAGCAGAUGGUCUACAGGUUGCACAAAGCCUUGUAUGGGUUAAAACAGGCUCCGCGAGCUUGGUUUCACCGGAUUGAAGCAUACUUUCUUAAGGAAGGAUUCCAGAAAUGCGAAAGUGAGCAAACAUUGUUCACAAAACAAGGCAAAGGGGGUAAGAUUGUGAUUGUUAGUGUUUAUGUUGAUGAUCUAAUUUUCACUGGUGAUGACUAUGACAUGUUGGCUGAAUUCAAAAGUUCAAUGUUGAAAGAAUUUGACAUGUCUGACUUAGGAAAUAUGCAUUUCUUUCUUGGAAUUGAGGUGGUGCAAAGGGAAGAUGGUAUUUUCAUUUGUCAACGAAAAUACGCAUUGGAGAUUCUAAUAAAAUUUGGGAUGUUGGAAAGUAACGAAGUGAGCAGUCCAAUUAUUCCGGGAGUUAAAAUCAGCAAAGAUAAGGAUGGAACUCCAGUAGAUGAGACAUAUUUCAAACAGUUAGUGGGGAGUUUGAUGUACCUCACAGCCACACGACCAGACAUGAUGUUUGUCACAUGUUUGGUAAGCAGGUAUAUGGCAAAACCCACUAACUUACAUCUUCAGACUAUAAAGAGAGCACUUCGGUAUUUGAAGGGGACAGUGAGCUAUGGUAUCUACUAUAGAAAGGAUGGGAAUGGUGAAUUACGGGUCUAUACAGACAGCGAUUAUGCUGGAGAUGUGGAGGAUAGGAAGAGUACAAGUGGUUAUGUCUUCCUGUUGAAUUUUGGUGCAGUAUCAUGGUGUUCAAAGAAGCAACCAAUUGUCACUUUAUCCACAACUGAAGCUGAAUUUGUGGCCGCGGCAAUGUGUACGUGUCAAGCCAUAUGGAUAAAGAGGAUAUUAAAGGAGCUGAGGUAUAAUGAUGAAUAUUGCACUCGCAUAUGGUGUGACAAUAGUUCCACAAUUAAGCUUUCAAAAAAUCCCGUGAUGCAUGGACGUAGUAAACACAUAGAUGUGAGAUAUCACUUCUUGAGAAAUCUCACUAAAGAAGGGCUGAUCGACUUGGUGCACUGUGGAAGUAGGGAUCAAUUGGCUGAUAUAAUGACUAAGCCCUUAAAGGCUGAAGAUUUUCAGAGGCUUCGAAAUUCACUUGGGGUUUGUGAUCUUGCAGACUUAACUCACAUGCGUAUAGCAUGUCAAGCUUUUCCCCUUGUUUUCUCUGCUCGGUACUUCUAUAUAAACCAGAGCAAGAGCCUAAUGAAGAUUGAACGAUUCAUUGUUAAUUUCUUGCGUCUUAAACAUCCAGCUUUCAUCUAUUGUGAAAUGCCGAGGAAUAGACGAAUAGCUGAUACUGUUAGAGUAGAGGAUGAUCAGGAUGAUGUCCCUAUUGUGCGGUUGAGAACUGCAAGGCAAAGAAGGAGGCGCGGUGCACCCGUGCCUCAACAUGUUGAGGAGGUACCUCCACCAGUAGAGGAAGAGCCUCAGGAGAUAGAAGAGGAAGAUAUGGUUGAUGAAACAGAUGUGGGGGUAGCUGACCCUGAACCUGUUACAGAGUUUCAGCAACUUAGCCAGGUUGUGCGGACCUGGAUAGAGUUUUCUAUGGAGAGAGAUAGAAGGAGGGAUAGAGAUGUACCCUCGACAUCUCACACUGUUCAGGGAGUUAAUGUGCCGUUGAAUGACUUCAUGAAGUUGGCACCUCCUAUUUUUACUGGGAUGGACAGUUCAGAGGAUCCUCAGAGGUUCCUAGAUGAUAUUUGGCGACGGUGUGAAGCUUUGGGAUGUACAGACCACCGAGCUGUGAGUUUGGCAUCGUUCAGGUUGGAAGGAGAUGUGGCAAUCUCUUGGUUUGAGUCUAGAAAAAGAGCAAGACCAGUAGAGGCUCAGUGGACAUGGAAGGAGUUUAACUCCAUGUUCUUAGACAGGUUUCUCCCUCAGAGCGUCAGGGAUGCUCGACUUUAUGAGUUUGAGAGGCUAUCUCAGGGGAGCAUGACAGUGGAUGAGUAUGAUCUGAAGUUUACUCAGCUGUCUAGGUAUGCAGAGCAUCUUCUACCCACUGAGGAGUGGAGGGUGAAGAGGUUUAUUAGAGGACUCAAAUCCUCUAUGUAUUUGGUGAUGGUGUCACAGGUGUUUCCAUCAUACUCCUCAGCUGUUGACAGCGCCAGAUUGAUAGAGGCGCGAGAAUUAGAGGACAUGAUUGCAGGCCAGUCUAAGAGGCCUAGAGAAGAGGGUCAGUCUUUUAGGCAACAGGGAUUAAGUGCAGGUCCGUCUAGGGGACGAAGUGGCCGUCAGGGCUCAUGGGUUCAGAGGAGGUUUAGACAGAGACCGUCAGUUAGUGGCUCAGGCGGUCAGAGUGGCAGUAGUGGUACUCAGAGUUUAGUUCAGACUGCACCUCGUAGUUCAUUUGUUUCACCUAGUGAUAGUUCUUCAUGUCAGCAUUGUGGAGGAAGUCAUACUAGUGCAGAGUGCUACAGAAGGACUGGGGCUUGUUUUAGUUGUGGCCAGAUAGGUCAUAAGAUCAGAGAGUGCCCGAGGAGACAGUUGUCAGCUUCGGGGUUAUCUGCUUCAGUCCAGCAUUCUAUUCAGGCACCAUCGACGAGCCAGUCUGUGGCUCAUGGGGGUAGAGGUUUUGGUGGCCGUGGUCAGAGAGGUCGGGGUGCAGGUGAUAGAGGUCAGAUACAGCAGGGUCAGGGGCAUGCCAGAGUUUUUGCCUUGACUCAGCAGGAUGCUCAGGCAUCCAACACAGUUGUUUCAGGUAUUCUUCCUGUUUGCUCUUUUGAAGCAAAAGUUUUGUUUGAUACGGGUGCAACCCAUUCAUUUGUGUCUCCAUAUUUUGCCAUGAGGUUAGAUAAACAACCAACCUUGUUAAAAUCCCCGAUUUCAGUCUCCACUCCCUUAGAUGAAUUAAUAUUAGUGAAGUAUGUGUAUCUGGAUUGUGAAAUAGAGAUUGGAGAUAAGAUCUUUAUGGGAGACUUAAAUGUCUUAGAUAUGGUUGAUUUUGAUGUGAUUUUGGGAAUGGAUUGGUUGGCAAAGCAUAGGGCUUCAGUAAAUUGUUGGGGUAAGAAAAUAAUAUUUGAUCUAGAUGAAGAAGUUGGGUUGGUAUUUCAAGGAGAUAAGAUUGGGUCUCCAUCAAUUAUGUUGUCAGCUAUCUCGAGGAAAAUGGCUAGAAAAGGGAUACAGUGCUACCUAGCAUAUAUAGUGGAUGUAGAGAAAGAAGUUCCCCAAUUAGACCAAGUCCCUAUAGUUAGGGAGUUUAUUGAUGUCUUUCCCGAUGACUUACCUGGAUUGCCUCCGUAUAGGGAAAUUGAGUUUUGUAUUGAUUUGGUUCCGGGUACUGAACCAAUAUCAAUGGCACCAUAUAGGAUGGCACCAGCAGAAUUGAGGGAGCUAAAGGAGCAACUGCAGGAUUUGUUGGAUAAAAAGUUUAUCCGACCAAGUGUGUCCCCUUGGGGAGCCCCAGUGUUGUUUGUGAAGAAGAAAGAUGGGUCAUUGAGGUUGUGUAUAGAUUAUAGGCAACUGAAUCGGGUGACAGUUCGAAAUAGAUACCCACUCCCUCGCAUAGAUGAUUUGUUUGACCAAUUGCAGGGAGCUCAAUUCUUUUCUAAGAUCGAUCUUCGAUCUGGGUAUCAUCAGUUGAGGAUAAGAGAUGAGGACAUUUUAAAAACAGCUUUCAGAACUCGGUAUGGUCAUUAUGAGUUCUUAGUGAUGUCUUUUGGGUUGACGAAUGCACCAGCAGCUUUUAUGGAUUUGAUGAAUAGAGUGUUUGGCCAGUUUAUUGAUCGAUUUGUGAUAGUUUUUAUUGAUGAUAUUUUGGUGUAUUCGAGGUCUAGGGAGGAGCAUGAGCAGCACUUGAGAAUGGUGCUUCAAACUUUGCGAGAUCAUCAGUUGUAUGGCAAGUUCUCAAAGAGUGAGUUUUGGUUGGAGAGUGUAGCAUUUCUUGGGCAUGUAGUGUCAAGGAAUGGGAUUGAGGUUGAUCCUCAAAAGAUUGAGGCAGUUAAGCAGUGGCUUAGGCCUACUUCGGCGACAGAGAUAAGAAGUUUCUUAGGGUUGGCCGGCUAUUAUCGGAGGUUUGUGGAGAACUUUUCUCGGAUUUCUGCACCAUUGACUAAGUUAACGCAGAAAAAUGUUAAGUUUCAGUGGUCUGAAGCUUGUGAGAAAAGUUUCUUAGAGUUGAAAGAGAGAUUGACUACAGCGCCUAUUCUGGCAGUACCAUCAGGUUCUGGUGGUUACACAGUGUAUUGUGAUGCUUCGAGAGUGGGGUUAGGAUGUGUUCUAAUGCAGCAUGGCAAGGUUAUUGCCUAUGCUUCAUGGCAGCUGAAGAAGCAUGAACAGAACUAUCCUACACAUGAUUUAGAGAUGGCGGCUGUAAUUUUUGCCUUGAAGAUUUGGAGGCACUACUUGUAUGGUGAAACUUGUGAGAUCUUCACAGAUCACAAGAGUUUGAAAUAUAUCUUUCAGCAGAGAGAUCUAAACCUGAGGCAGAGGAGAUGGAUGGAACUGCUGAAGGAUUAUGAUUGUACCAUACAUUACCACCCAGGUAAGGCAAAUGUAGUUGCCGAUGCUUUGAGUAGAAAAUCAUCAGGGAGCUUAGCUCAUAUUCAGGAGGUACGAAGACCUCUGAUUAGGGAGCUGCAUGAGUUGGUGGAUGAAGGAGUCAGAUUUGAUCUUAGUGAAGCUGGAGCAAUGGUUGCUCAUUUUCAGGUUAAGUCAGAUUUGUUUGAUAAGAUAAAAGCAGCUCAGAAGAAAGAUGAUUCACUACUCAGGAUUAGAAAUGAGGUUGAGCAGGGUAAAGCUGCAGGUUUUGUGAUAGGUGAUGAUGAUGUGCUGAGAUAUAGGGAUAGACUUUGUGUACCUGAUGUAGAUGAUCUGAGGAGAGAAUUGAUGGUAGAGGCACAUCAGACAGUUUACACAAUGCAUCCAGGUUCCACCAAGAUGUAUAAAGACCUUAAGGUGUGUUAUUGGUGGAAUAGGAUGAAAGCUGAUGUAGCAGAUUUUGUUUCUAGGUGUUUGACCUGUCAGAGGGUAAAGGGUGAACACCAAAAACCUCCUGGAUUGUUGCAACCAUUGUUGAUUCCAGAAUGGAAGUGGGAAAGGAUCACAAUGGACUUUGUGACAGGAUUGCCUAGGAGUCAGGAGGGUUAUGAUUCAAUAUGGGUGAUUGUUGACAGGUUGACAAAAUCAGCCCAUUUUCUGCCAGUUAAGAUUACUUAUGGAUAUGCAAAGUUGGCAGAAUUGUUUAUUAGUGAGAUUGUACGGUUGCAUGGAGUGCCAAUCUCAAUAGUGUUUGAUAGAGGUCCACAGUUUACAUCGCGGUUUUGGGUGAAAUUCCAAGAAGCUAUGGGUACUAAAGUGCAGUUGAGUACAGCUUUUCACCCUCAGACAGAUGGUCAAUCUGAGAGGACUAUUCAGAUCUUGGAGGAUAUGCUGAGGGCUUGUGUCAUGGAUUUUGGAGUUGGUUGGAGUAAGUUCCUACCAUUAGUGGAAUUUGCUUACAACAACAGUUAUCAGGCUAGCAUAGAGAUGGCACCUUAUGAGGCUUUGUAUGGUCGGAAGUGUAGAUCACCGGUUUGUUGGUUUGAGGUUGGUGAGAAGAGGCUAAUGGGACCGGAGUUGAUUCAGAUUACCUCAGAGAAGAUAGAGGUAAUUAGAAAGAAGCUUCAAACAGCUCAGAGUAGACAAAAAAGUUACGCGGAUAGAAGAAGGCGUGACUUAGAGUUUUCAGUGGGUGAUUGUGUGUUCUUAAAAGUAUCACCGACAAAAGGAGUAUUCAGGUUUGGGAAGAAAGGCAAGUUGAGUCCUCGAUUCAUUGGACCGUAUGAGAUUCUGGAGAGAGUUGGGGUGGUUGCUUAUAGGUUAGCAUUACCACCAAACUUGUCUGCUAUUCAUCCGGUAUUUCAUGUUUCCAUGCUAAGGAAGUAUAUGUCAGAUCCAUCGCAUGUAUUAGAGGUUUAUCCCAUUGAAUUGAGGGAUGAUAUGGUUUAUGAGGUGCAACCAGAAGCUAUAGUCGACCGACAAGUGAGGAAGCUUAGGUCGAAGGAUAUAGCUUCAGUGAAAGUGAAAUGGAAAGGUCAUUCACGUGAGGAAGCGACCUGGGAGCUCGAGGAUAAGAUGCGUGAGGAGUAUCCUCAUCUUUUCGAUAAUCUCGGUAAGUAUUCAAUCUUUUUUAUUAAGUUUCGAGGACGAAACUUUUAUAAGGUGGGGAGAUUGUGAUGUUUUGUAUUAAAGGGGUUGGAAAAUACAAUAAAGCCCUUGAAGGCUUAAAGGUUAGAAUGAAUUAAAUGAGGGGUAUAGUAGUAAUUGAAUAAAUAGUUGAUAAAUAUAAAUAGUGAGAAGGAAAAAAAAAAAAAAACAAAAGAAGAGAUCUGAAAUUUAAGAACAAACCGUGAGAGAGAAGGGAGGAAGAAGAAGAAGAAGAGAAAAGAGGGGAAAAUAAGGGAAAAAGAAAAGGAGUUGGAGGAAAUAAGUUUAAAGGCUUAUAGCUUGAUAGCAGGUCAUUUUGUUGGACCUUCAGAACCUGCUCUUUUGGUAGUAAUUUGUACCUUUCCUUUAUGUCUAGUUAGUGCUCCAAAACUCUGAACUUUUAUAAACUUUUGUAUUAAGACAAUUCAAUUAUAUUAUGAAGUUGAUUUUGUUAUUAA